CUCUUGUCAUUUUAUAAUGUUUCGAUUAAAACAACUCACAUCAGUAGUUCAAAAAAGACAUGCGUCAACAAAACCUGAAAAAUUCCUUCAAACGAUCGUUUUAAGUAAUGGGGCAACUUAUACCGUUCGUACAACAUCACCUACACGUUCGCACAUUCGUCUAACUAAAGAUACUCGAAAUCAUCCACUUUGGAAUCCUGCAAUUUUGAAAGAAGGUGUGGCUGAUGAAUCUGAACAAUUGACAAAGUUUCAAAAGAGGUUUGGUGAUUUGGAUUUAUCAGAUAUUUCAUGGAUUGAAAGCAAUGAAGCUGUUUCAGCUUCUAUGAAAAAUGCAGUCGCAGCUGGUUCAUAUAAGAAAAAUGUUAAAGGAAAGAAAAAAUAAUGAUACUUGUAAUAUAGAAUGAAUAAAAUGGAUUAUUAUUUAAGCUACUGUAUAAAAGAGGAAAAGCGGUGUAGAUGGUCUCAUUAAUUAAAGUAUACAAAUCUACACAUGACUCCAAAUAGCUUCUGUAAAUGACAAUACAUAUUUAUUUUAUUAGAAAAUAUAAUCAAUAUAUUAAAAAAA